CCAAGGCAUAUGCUUUCUUGAAUUGGGGAUCUAACUCGCUGACCUCUUCAUCUUCUUCGUCACCCCCACAUCUCUCUCUCUCUCUGCAGAUUCAUCCUUCAAACCCCACCAAUGGCGGCCAUCACCCGCCUCCUCAAACCCUCACCACUCUCCCUCCUAUUCAAACAAUCCCUAUCCACCACCACCACCGCCGCCAUUGUUUCCGACAUCGAAUCUCACCACCACCACCACCACCUCACCCCUAAUUUCUCAGACCCCAAACCUUCUAGAAACUUCCAGUGGGUGUUUCUUGGAUGCCCCGGUGUCGGAAAGGGAACCUAUGCUAGUCGGUUGUCGAAUCUUCUCGGUGUCCCUCAUAUCGCCACCGGUGAUCUUGUUCGUGAAGAGUUGUCUUCUUCUGGACCCCUUUCUCGUCAGCUUACUGAGAUAGUGAAUCAAGGGAAGUUAGUUUCCGAUGAAAUCAUAUUCAACUUAUUAUCAAAACGACUCGAAGCGGGAGAAUCAAAAGGUGAAUCAGGCUUUAUUUUAGAUGGUUUUCCCCGAACCAUAAGACAAGCCGAAAUUUUAGAUGAGGUGGCAGAAAUCGAUUUGGUGGUGAAUCUGAAGCUGCGGGAAGACGUAUUGGUUGAGAAAUGUUUGGGAAGAAGAAUAUGCAGUCAGUGUGGAAAAGGUUUCAAUGUGGCAUCAAUUAACGCAAAAGCCGAAAACGGGAGACCGGGAAUGAGCAUGGACCCACUUCUUCCACCUCAGCAUUGUGCUUCUAAGCUCAUUACUCGUGCUGAUGACACUGAACACGUUGUCAAAGAACGACUUCGUGUGUACUACGAAAAGAGUCAACCUGUUGAAGAUUUCUACAAAAGUCAAGGCAAGUUAAUGGAGUUCGAUCUACCUGGAGGGAUCCCGGAAUCAUGGCCAAAGUUGCUGGAAGCACUUAACCUUGAUGACUCUGAGGUCAAAAGGUCAGCAGUCGCGUAGACUCGAUAUUAUUUGCACGCGUAAUUGGCGUGCGCAGCAAAUUUUGGAUGAAAGAAUAAUGAAAAAGACACUUUAUUUUUUUUUUUGUUAAAUAACCAACCAUAAGGGACUAAUGUAAGCUGUCAACUUAUGAUGGCUGCUUCCUUUGAGCAUUUGUUGUAACAUUAUUAUAAAUUCUUACUCUGGGAGAGGUUGCUUUCUAAAGAAUGAAAGAUUUUUUAACAGGUUGACAUUU